GCCUCGGCCGCCAGGAAAACGCCUCUACCCUUUUCAAAAAUACCCGGGAAGUUCUUCCGCCCUCAGUAAAGAUGGCCGUAACACUUGGCGUGAGGAAGGCGGGGCUGCGCCUGCGCAGCAAGUUCGGCGGGGAAGAUGGCGGAUGACAAGGAUUCUCUGCCCAAGCUUAAGGACCUGGCGUUUCUCAAGAACCAGCUGGAGCGCCUACAGCAGCGUGUGGAAGACGAAGUAAACAGUGGUGUGAGCCAGGAUGGCUCGCUCCUGUCCUCCCCAUUCCUCAAAGGCUUCCUGGCCGGCUACGUGGUGGCCAAACUGAGGGCAUCAGCAGUAUUGGGCUUUGCUGUGGGCACUUGUACUGGCAUCUACGCAGCUCAGGCAUAUGCUGUACCCAAUGUGGAGAAGACGUUGAGGGACUAUCUUCGGUCACUGCGCAAGGGGCCCGACUAGCUCUGGAUCCUGUGGGGGAGGCGAGAUGAGCAGCUGGGGCCUGCAGGUAGAGGCCUUGAGACCACAGAUGCCCUAUCUAGCUUCCCCAGCUGUCACCCAUUUGCUAUCUCCAACUUGUCCACUGCCAUCCUCCUCGCUUCCCGUCCUGCAGAGGGUGGACAGUGGCUCAUCAGCCAGUACCUUGGACUCCUUCCCCCCAUAACUGCCUAGACUGGCCCCAAGACUGUGGCUUCUAGGGCCACCAGCCCCUUCCUCUUCCAGCCCUGACUGUGGAGUUUGCAGCUGACGCUGGUCCUCAGUUUCUCUCUGGCGAUGUACCACGGCUCCUCCCUCCAGGGAGCCAGCUCCAUAACUUCAUUUUCCCCAAACAUGUCUCAAUCCCUACUG